GCUGGUUCCAUGGCAGUCUAGUAGCCACACUCCCUAGACACAGGCCUUGGUGUUCUCGAGUCACAGAUUGUCAGGUUGCCGACGAUCUCGCCGCGUUGCAUGCCAUGGCGUACAAAAUGGCUGCAGGCCCAGGUUUUGCUGCUAAGUGUUCAUGGCCCGUUGUGCCCAGGUCCUCCCGUUUUCGCGUGCUGUCGCUGUUUCUCCGCUCCCCUUCGCUAGCUCAGUCAGUUCCAGUCUCUGCUACGCCAUGGCUGCGGCCAACACCACCAAGAUCUACGGUCUGAAGAUUUCGACCUGCACGAAGAGAGUUCUUACUGCUUUAGAAGAGAAGAAUGUCACGGGCUAUGAAGUCGUGACUGUGGAUGUCUCCAAGGGCGAGCAUAAGUCGGCCGAGUUCAAGAAGAAGCAGCCAUUUGGCCUUAUUCCUAAAUUGGAGGACGACCAGGUUGAGCUUUUCGAGUCCCGUGCCAUUGCACGAUAUGUUGCCGAGCGCUACGCGGACCAAGGCACAAACCUCCUCGGACCCACCCUUAAGGAGCGAGCUCUGGUGAACCAGUGGCUGGAGGUGGAGUCUCAGAAUUACACUCCCCCAAUUUUUGGGCUGCUGACCGAGAAGGUUUACAAGCUGCGGCGAGGAUUGACCACAGACGAGGCUAAGGCAGCAGAACACAAGGCAAAGGUCAGCGUACCAGGGAGGCCAGUCCAUUCCGUCUGGCCAGUGGCUAUGCUUGUCUUUGUCGUGGCCUUCAUCACUCCUGUGCCUCUUUCCUCCAGUGCAAACCCUCAUUUGCCUUUCCUUUUCCUUCUCAGCGCUCAGCCAUGCCGGUAACUGUGACACAUCAUGUUGUUUCCUCUGUUUUACCUUUCCCUUAGCCUCCCCUUGUCAGCUCUCCCAGGUGCUGGAUGUCUACGAAGCACACUUGGCCUCACAUGACUUCCUGGCGGGGUCCUUCUAUUCUCUAGCGGAUCUGGUGCACCUGCCGUACACUGCAAUGCUCUGGGUGACUGGCGAUUCUGAUCUCAUCACAACACAGCCUAAUGUGAAUAAAUGGUGGGAGAGAAUCUCGUCACGCCCAGCAUGGCAGAAAGUGUGGGCCAUGAAAUAGAUCUCCUAUUUCACAUCACUGUUCUCAAGAUGAGUGUUGUGCAUAGCUGACUCAUGCACAUUGUGCCAAAUG